AUGAGUAUCACCUUGUUAGGUUUUAAAACUUUAUUGAUGGAGGAGCUAGAUAACAAUUUUGAUGAAGAUUUGAAACAAAUGACGAUUUCCAUAGCUAUGCAAGAAUUUGAAAAGAUAAGACAGAACAUUAUUUGUUCCUUUAGAGAUCCAACAUCAUUCUGCUUGGAUGGGACACAAUGGUCCGAAAUGAUUAAAAAUCUAGCAAAGAUUGUUAAUGAACUAUCUUCAGAACCUGGCGGAAAUGAAAUAAAAACCUCAUCAUUUUCAUCACUACAGGAGAGAAUUCAAAAGAGUUUUAGAGAUGUAUUGUACAAGAACAAUCAAAUACUGUGCUCUAAUAAUCAGGAGUACACGUACUAUGAACCAUUUCAAUCGAAAGUUUCCAACGCCAAUCUUCAUUCCAGUAAUAAAAGUAACGAUCUAUCUUUACAAGAAAGUCGGAGUAGCUUUUUGAACACAAACAUAAAUAACUUCACUGAUAUGUCCACAAACUUUCAUACUGACUCCAAAUGUGAUAAUUCGAAAAUUGAUUUAUUGAGUACACCAUCUGAUGAAAUACUGCUCAAUCAACUUCAAGCUAAACCUAUUCUUAGUAUAUCUCAACAGCCAAGUUACUUGAUGAAAUCGUUUGAAAAUACGGUUAUAUUAACACCUGAUGUAAGGCCUACUGACAGACGUUGUGUCUCCGAAAAUUUACUGCAGCCGAUGGGUCCAUUAUGGAAUGAAUAUGCAAAAGAAAUUGAUGAAGAAACUGCUAGACAGAUGGAUACAAAUUUACCUGUUAUUGAUGAAAAUAUUGAAAUAUUUACAAAUCUUAUGCAACAAACACUUACAAAUGAUUUCAAUGAAAUGAAAUUUCACAGUAACAAUGAAAAUUUUCAAUUUGUCGAAAUACCAGUUCCCAGUGAAAUUGAUGUGAAGCCAAUUUAUGAAACAGCUUGUCAUUUAUUUAAUCCUAAUUCCAAAUCUGUACUCGUCGAUCUUAGUCAAUCAUUUUUAAUGGAUAAAUCAAAAUGGAUUUUACCGAUUUUAAAGUUGCAUACGGAUGAAGAAGAAACUGCAUUUCAACGAACAAACACACUGCCAAGUAGUAAAUUAGAUGAAUUAUUUAUUCAAGAAGUAGAGAAACAUAAAAAAAACCGAAAUGACAUGAUUGGUGAAAAAUCAAUAGACAAUUUUACUGAAAAAUACGAGAAGAUUUUAACAGAAUUAAAACAUGAAGAACAAAAAUUCAAUAAGUUAAAACUACAGUUAAUCGAAAAUCAGUACAAUUCCAAUGAAGUUGCCUUAUGGAAUACAGGCAAUGAUAUAAUAGUUGAUCAUGGCAGUAAUAACUAUGAGUUGUUGAAAAAUUGUAAAGAGAAAAUCAACCUGCUUAAAUUUAAUUUGACAAAUUUGGUGAAUACAUCAUCGAUUUGUACUAUUUAUAAAACUGGGAAAGACACAUAUAAUCACAAAUUGACUAGUGUAAGAAAUACAAUUCAAGAUAGACUUUUUAUUGUAUGGAAUAAAUUAAAACUUACUGAAAUUGAUAGACAACAUUGUCUAUUGAAAUUUUGUUGGAAACAUUCAAAUGAAACGUUACAAAUGGAAAGUAUUAUUAAAGGAUUAAAAUUACUCGAGCAUGCAGCGGAAUAUAUUGAACGUCGUGAAAUGUUAUUAUAUAAAUUGGCCAAAAUUGAAGCUGAACAUUUGAAUCAAUCGGAAGAAUUUAGUUUACAUGGUAAUCAAUCGGAAUUGAAAUGUUCAGAUGAACGUUCUAAAGUUGAAAAGAAAUUCAACAAGUUGGAGAAACUGAUCGAAUCUGUUGCCAAGCAACUGAAGAUGAAAUUUAAUUACACUCUGACAUUUAACGGUCAAACGUAUCUCACGAAAAUGGUUCAUGAUCGAAGUGAUCUACUUUAUCUACUAAGAGAAAAGUAUGAAGUUAAACAAGAACAUAACAGUACAAAUUAG